AUGACUGUCAACAAUGAUACGAUGCUCGAUCAUUCAAACAUCUGGAUUGGACAAUCCGCAUCAUUCUCGAUGAACUCAAUGAUUGUUGCCUCGGCCAAUAUAUCUUCCAUUACAUCGAACAAUGGACAACUUAGUGUUGCCAACAAUAUUACAACAUUGGCUCAGAGUGGCCAAUCAUUCUUUACCAACUUGAAUCGAUUUGGUUCAUUGUCCAUCCAGUCCAACUCACAGAUGGUCAUCAACUCCUCGUCAAAGGUCACAAUCAACUCCAUCGUCUCACAAACAAACAGUACCAUCUCUAUAUACUUGGUCGCUGGCAUCGAUGUACUUAAUAAUGUCAACACAUAUGGCACGGUCCAGUUGACGCCCUUGGGAGCAACUGCUGCUUCUCCGUGCCAGGUCAACUUAAACAAUGCCAACCUGACCGACUUAAUCAUCAAUACAGAUGGCCAGCCUGCACAAACAAGGACAGUCACACUCACAAUGACUGGUACAUCCAACAUCUACUCAACAAACUUUACUGCACAGCCAGGAAAUGUCGAUCUAUCCAUCACUGGAGACACAACACUACGUGGACUAUUCAGAGCGGGUAACAUCAAUGUUUCUGGCACUGGAUCAUUCACAUCUUAUGCCUCAAUGUACAUCAAUGACGACAUAACAGUCACCUCGGAGGAUGCCAGCUUUGUCGUGGGAACACAAUACAUGCAGGCAAAUGUGAAUGUUCUUGCAGGCAGUCUCCUCUUCAACACAUCAAUGACAAUGGAUGGCGAUGUUUCCAUAUCCUCGACAGGAUCAAUGGAACUGACCGACUCGUACCUUCAACUCAGAGGUGACUUCAUGCUGUCGCCACUCUCUGAACUAUACGUGCAGCUUCUUGAGCCAUCGAUUGGUCUCAUCAAGGUCAGCGGACAGGCAGACCUGACCGAUGCCAUACUCUUCAUUCUUCCGCCAUCCAGUGGCGAUCCCAUUCAGUACGACGAAGAGUACAUCAUUGUGGAGAGUGAGGAUAUGAUUCAGGGCAACUUCCAAAAGGUUAAUUCCAACGAAGAUAUCGAGGACUAUCAUCUAACGACCGACUCCAACCAACUCGUCCUAUUCUUUGGUCAAGAGGAUGCCAAGAAAGCAUCUCUGAUGCCUUUGGAAGGCUGGCAAAUGUUGAUCAUCAUCUGUUCAAUCAUUGCCUUAAUAGCCAUCGUCGUGGCAGUUGUAUUGUAUAUCAAGAGUAACAGAUUGUACAGGCAGUACAAGAUAAUAAAGUGA